AUGACACAUGAGGUCGAGAGAUUGGAGAGUACCUCUGAUACCUGCUCUCCUGCAAUAGCUUUGUGCAAGUCCAUAGCAUCGUCCAAGGGAUACUACCAAGAUCCUUUCAUACACGUCUUCGUGUCUAGAUCGGGAAGCAGACCUCCUCUCAUCAAUCGUGGGCAUUAUGCCCGAGUAACAGCCGUGAGGAAUGUCAUAUUUCAGUUUCUAGAAGCAUGCGGAAACAACAGCGACGAUUCAUCCUCAGAGAGCGAUCUUGCUCAUGGUCAAAACCUCCGGGAGCAGAUUGUGAUUCUUGGAUCUGGCUUGGACAGCACAUUUUUCUACCUCAAGAACAUGAGCAAGAUUGAUGAAAGUGAAGAGCCUGAAACUGAAGUGGAUGACAAAGAAGGCGAUCUUGGGCUUCGAACACGAGAGUACACGCUGCUGUCCUGUGAUAUGAGAAACUGUCAGGAGCUUGAAGCUGCUUUGGGGAGCGCUGGAGUUGACUUCUCAGCUCCGACACUUUUCAUCAGUGAAUGUGUGCUGAUAUACAUGAAGCCUGCUGAAGGAACUAGAAUCAUUGAGUGGGCGGCGAAUCUUUUCCCCUGUUCAAUUUUCUUCACUUACGAGCAGAUCCAUCCGCAUGAUCCCUUUGGGAAGGUGAUGGCUCAGAAUAUUUCGCUGCGAGGAUGCCCCCUUCUGUCCUUCGAAGCCUAUCCAGACUGUGAUUCUCAAAAGCAGCGAUAUCUUGAGGCAACCUGGGAAACAUGCGAGGCAAUAUCUAUGCAGGACUUUUACGACGGCCUUCCAGAGGAGGAGAAGAGCAGAGUUGCUAAGAUUGAGUGGUUAGAUGAGAUCGAAGAGUGGAAGAUGAUCCAGCAACAUUAUUGCUUCAUCCUUGCCACAAAAGAUGCUGAGGGACGUAAGUUAUGGGCAAAUCUCAAAAUCUCGACGUAA